CCCGGCUGAUGCAGAGCUUCAAGGAGUCGCAUUCCCACGAGUCGCUGCUGAGCCCCAGCAGCGCGGCCGAGGCGCUGGAGCUCAACCUGGAUGAGGACUCCAUCAUCAAGGCCGUCCACAGCAGCAUCCUGGGCCAGGAAUUCUGCUUCGAGGUGACCACGGCCUCGGGGACCAAGUGCUUUGCCUGCCGCUCGGCUGCUGAGAGGGACAAGUGGAUCGAGAAUCUGCAGAGGGCGGUGAAGCCCAACAAGGACAACAGCCGGCGGGUGGACAAUGUCCUGAAGCUGUGGGUGAUCGAGGCGCGAGACCUUCCCCCCAAGAAACGCUACUACUGCGAGCUCUGCCUGGACGACAUGCUCUACGCCCGCACCACCAGCAAGGCGCGCACCGACAACGUCUUCUGGGGAGAACAUUUUGAGUUCAACAACCUGCCGGCCGUCCGCACCAUCCGCCUGCACCUCUACAAGGACACCGACAAGAAACGCAAGAAGGACAAGAGUAACUACGUGGGGAUGGUGAGCAUCCCCAUCGCCAGCGUCACCGGGCGGCACUUCGCCGAGCAGUGGUACCCGCUCAGUCAACCCAGCGGCAGCAAGAGCAAGGCGGGUUGUCCGGCGCUCCGCGUCAAGAGUCGCUUCCAGACCAUGAGCAUCCUCCCCAUGGAGCUCUACAAGGAGUUUGCCGAGUACGUCACCAAUAAUUACCGGAUGCUUUGCGCCGUCCUGGAGCCCGUGCUCAGCGUCAAGAGCAAGGAGGAGGUGGCCUGCGCGUUGGUGCACAUCUUGCAGAGCACCGGCAAGGCUAAGGACUUCCUGUCGGACAUGGCCAUGACGGAGGUGGAUCGCUUCAUGGACCGGGAGCACCUGAUCUUCCGGGAAAACACCCUCGCCACGAAAGCCAUAGAGGAGUACCUGAAACUCAUCGGCCAGAAAUACCUCAAGGAUGCCAUUGGCGAGUUCAUCCGGGCGCUGUACGAGUCGGAGGAGAACUGCGAGGUCGACCCCAUGAAGUGCUCGGCCUCCACCUUGGCCGACCACCAGGCCAACCUCCGCAUGUGCUGCGAGCUCGCCCUCUGCAAGGUGGUCAACUCGCACUGCGUGUUCCCACGGGAGCUGAAGGAGGUCUUCGCCUCGUGGCGGCUGCGAUGCGCCGAGCGGGGUCGCGAGGACAUCGCCGACCGGUUGAUCAGCGCCUCGCUCUUCCUGCGGUUCCUCUGCCCUGCCGUGAUGUCCCCCAGCCUCUUCGGCCUCAUGCAGGAGUACCCCGACGAGCAGACCGCCCGCACCCUCACCCUCAUCGCCAAGGUCAUCCAGAACCUGGCCAACUUCACCAAGUUUGGCAGCAAGGAGGAGUACAUGGCCUUCAUGAACGAGUUCCUGGAGCUGGAGUGGACCAGCAUGCAGCAGUUCCUCUACGAGAUCUCCAACCUGGACACCCUCACCAACAGCACCAGCUUCGAGGGCUACAUCGACCUGGGCCGCGAGCUCUCCACCCUGCACGCCCUCCUCUGGGAGGUCAUGUCCCAGCUCAGCAAGGAGGCCCUGCUGAAGCUGGGCCCACUGCCCCGGCUGCUGCGGGACAUCAGCGUGGCCCUGCGCAACCCCCACCUGCAGCGGCAGCCGAGCCAGGGGGAGCGGCUGCCCCCCAAGGGGCUGGUGCUGCGGGGACCCUCGGCUGACCUCCCCUACCUCGUCCGUGACCUCAACAGCUCUGUUGACCUCCAGUCCUACAUGGUGCGGGGCCUCAACAGCUCCAUGGAGGUGCCCCGCCUGCCCUCCCCGCCGCAGGAGAAGGUGGCCGCAGGAGGUGCUGGUCCUGAGCCCGCCCCCCCCCUGGCCCGCUCCUCCCCCGCCUACUGCACCAGCAGCUCCGACCUGACGGAGCCCGAGGGGGGCGGGGGGCUCUGGGGGGUGGGCAAGAGCGUCUCCAUGCUGGACCUUCAAGACGGCCGCGUUGACAGCGUCCCGAGUUUGCCCGCCGAGCUGCUCGCCGCCGGUGGUCCAGCCCCGGGGGGGGCCGGAGGGGGGCUGCGUCCCGGCCGCCUCUCGCAGGGCAGCGCCUCCAGCCUGGCCCCCCCUCGGUUGGGGGUACCCGAACCGGGGGGGCCGCAGUUGCGGGUCCCCCUUUCCUUCCAGAACCCUCUUUUUCAUUUGGCGGCCGACGGACCCUUGCGAGGACCCGAGCCGGGGGGUGAGGGCCCUUCGCCCCCCCCCCUGCACGGGUACAGCAAGAGCGAGGAGCUGGCGGCGCCCCCCCCCAAGCACAUCACCCACAGCCACAGCUACAGCGACGAGUUCCGCCUCCGGCCGGGGGGGGACUUCGGCCGGCGGCAGCUCUCCCUGCAGGGACACCUGGCCCCCCCCCAGAUCACCAUCGGGGCCCCCCCACCCCCCACCCCUCGGGGGGCUCGGGCGGGGAAAGGUGGGGGGGCAGGGCAGGGGGCCCUAGGGGUGCCCCCCAAACCCCGGCCGGCCAGCGGGAACCUGCUGGCGUCCCCCGAACCGGCUUACGGACCCCCCCGCCCCCGGCAGCCCUCCCUGGCCAAGGAGGCGUCGGUGGGAGGGGAUGGGGGGAUGGGGGAUGGGGGACAUGGGGGCAUGGGACCGAGCUUGUCCUUGUGCCCCUCCCCCCAGGCCUCGCAGACGCCGUCGACGCUGAACCCGGUGAUGCCGGCGGCGGAGCGCACGGUGGCCUGGGUGUCCAACAUGCCGCACCUCUCGGCCGACAUCGAGAGCUCCCACAUCGAGCGCGAGGAGUACAAGCUCAAGGAGUACUCCAAGUCCAUGGACGAGAGCCGGCUGGACCGGGUGAAGGAGUACGAGGAGGAGAUCCACUCGCUGAAGGAGCGGCUGCACAUGUCCAACCGCAAGCUGGAGGAGUACGAGCGGCGCCUGGUGUCGCAGGAGGAGCAGACGAGCCGCAUCCUGCUGCAGUACCAGCACCGCCUGGAGCAGAGCGAGAAGCGCCUGCGGCAGCAGCAGGCGGAGAAGGACUCCCAGAUCAAGAGCAUCAUCGGCAGGCUGAUGCUGGUGGAGCAGGAGCUGCGCAGGGAUCACUUGGGCGCCCACGACCCCCCCGAGGGCCGGCGGCGGCUGCUCGACGCUCAGGAGAGGCAGCUUUCCGCCGUGGGUGCAGCAGGACCCGGGGCUGUGAGCUGGGCCGGGGGGGUCCCCGUGCGACCCCCGCCUCCGCCCCCCGCCACCCCCGAUCACGGCCAACGGCGAGCUGCGCGGCCCCGCUGCUGAGCACUAGCCCCCGCCCCGGGGGCCACCGGGACCCCCCCCCCAACCCCCCCGCCCCCGGGGCUGGCGGUGGCACCCGGCGACCCCCGGGGAAGAGGAGGCUGGGGGGAGGGGGAGGGGG